UGACAAUCUUUAGUUCCUCAAUCUCGUCUAUCACCUUUCCAAGAGGAGUAGAACACUUCUGCGGCUGGCAAAAAGGACUAGAAGUCUGCUUCUGCUUUAAUCAACUCAAUCAUUUCCUCCAUGCCACAGCUCUCCGAGUUUUAUUUUAAUGUGGACCAUGGCUACCUGGAGGGUCUGGUCCGAGGCCACAAAGCCUGCCUCCUGACCCAGCAAGACUACAAUAACUUGGUGCAGUGUGAAACUCUGGAAGACCUGAAAAUUCACCUUCAGACUACAGAUUAUGGCAACUUUUUGAAUGAAGAAACCAUCCCACUCACAGUUUCUACCAUAGACAACAAAAUGAGGAAAAAGUUAUGUGCGGAGUUUGAACAUUUCAGAAACAAUUCCCUGGAGCCGCUCAGCACAUUUUUCACCUAUAUAACGUGCAGCUAUAUGAUUGAUAAUGUGAUUCUGCUGAUCAAUGGUGUGCUACAAAAGAAAUCUGUCAAAGAAAUUCUUAAGAAAUGUCACCCCCUGGGCAGUUUCAUGGAAAUGGAAGCUGUCAACAUUGUAGAGACACCCUCAGAUCUGUUCGAUGCUGUUCUGGUUGAAACACCUUUGGCUCCUUUCUUUCAAGACUGCAUGUCACAAAAUACUCUUAAUGAAGUGAAUAUUGAAAUAAUGCGUAAUAAGCUCUACAAGUCAUACCUUGAGGCUUUCUAUAAAUUCUGCAAAGAACAUGGUGAUGUCACAGCAGAAGUAAUGUGCCCUAUUCUUGAGUUUGAGGCUGACAGACGUGCUUUUAUCAUCACGUUUAAUUCCUUUGGCACUGAGUUGAGCAAAGAAGACCGAGAGACACUGUAUCCAACCUGUGGUAAACUGUAUCCAGAAGGAUUGCGCCUGCUGGCUCGAGUAGAAGAUUAUGAUCAGAUGAAGAACGUGGCUGACCACUAUUCAGAAUAUAAGCCCUUGUUUGAAGCUGUAAGUGAAGGCCCUGAUGGAAAGUCAUUGGAAGAUGUAUUUUAUGAACAUGAGGUAAAAAUGAAUGUACUGACCUUCAACAGGCAGUUUCACUAUGGAGUGUUUUAUGCUUACAUAAAGCUGAAGGAACAAGAGAUGAGAAAUAUUGUGUGGAUUGCUGAAUGUAUUUCACAAAGACAUCGAACAAAAAUUAACAAUUAUAUUCCUAUUUUGUAAUUCAAUGAGAGAAACAAGGUUAGAAAACCAACAAAGACAAAUGUAGCUCUUGUGGAAAAUGAUAAAGGGCAUUUUGUUGUAUACUGUGGGCUACACACAAAAAAAAGAGUUUCAUCUUACCAUGUACCAGAUCUAUUAGUAAACCUCAUAAAUUACCACCACAAUAAUCAGCCAAUUAUUUCUUUCUCCAAUAGAAUUAAAUCAUUGUUUUACAUUUAUAGCUCAUUGUUCAAUAGGCAAUAAGAACUAAUUUUAAAUUAUUCUAAAAUCAAUUUUAAUUUAUUGUGCUUGUUUUGUACUGUAGAGGUCUUUCUCCCACCUACUCACCCACCUACCCAAUUAUCCAUAGCAAGAACUUUUGGUCCUGACUCUUCCUUUCCCUUCCCAUCUCUCCACACCCCAGGCCUCUGGGUAUUCAAUUUUUCUGUUCUUUUAAAUUUUUUUAUUUACUUCACUGAGCUUCUUCCCUUACCUCUUGAAAAGACAAGGGCUCAUAAUGAAUCAGUGGCAAUAUCUACUAAGCACUCCUAGCAUACCUGGACUUUCUUAUGGAUGUUGAUUUGUCGUUUUUGAACAUCAGCACAAUUUAGGAUUUAAUUUUGCUUCAGUGAAAGUGAGUUAAUGUUUGUUAAGUCUUUUCAACCCAGAUUUCACCAGUGUGAUAUAUUCGGCGCAUAUAUUGGCUACCAAUACAGGUGUCAACCCUUCCAUAUUCUCUUUUCAUAAAUUCCCUGUAGAUAAUCUACAUAAUAUGUUAACAGACAAGACAGAAAAGGAGGAAGAGAAGAAAGAUAGCAACAACAACAUCAUCCUUCUCUUCCUCAUGGAUACCAUCAGCAUACCACUCAAACUGUCUGUUGACUCAUUCUUUUUUUUUUUUUUUUUUU